GCGGAGGCCAUCAGGGACCUUGAAUACAUCCGGUCUCUUGACUGGCUCAGUCACACAGAGCAAAAGAAGCGAGAGGGCGACUCCAAUAGGUUCUUUCCUUACACAGCCAAAAGCAUAUUUGGAGAUGUGCUCCCUUUCAGGUCUGAGAGUUAUCGACGUCUCCCUGCCAAACCGACGAAACUGGUUGACGGCGUUCGCGAGUUGCUCCGGAAGUAUCUUCUCGUGCAGUUGACUUACAGCAACGACGAGAAAAAGGCUCGCAAUGAAAGAUACAAGAAACGGGAGAUUCCGAGGACCUUGUCCGAAGCUGGAGAGAAAAUAGCUCGCUUCAUCAUCGCAUCGGUCGGAGCGCUGUUCAUCCUGAUCCCGAUGUACAUCAUGGCGCUGCAUACAAGUCGGACAGUGAACCUGGUCACGACUACGAUAGCAGUCGUGCUAUUCGCCAUCUUGUGCUCAAUCACACUUCGUACGACCAACGAUCAGACCCUGAGCGCGACCGCCGGCUAUGCUGCUGUUCUGUUCGUUUUCGUGGGGUUGACAUCAAGCAAGUCUGGGGCGUAA